AUGGAAGGCUACUCUACGGACAGAGGAGUACCGGCUUCUGGUCCAUACAGGGCCACAAAACUGUGGAAUGAUGUUAUACUUGCCUUCCGCCGAGGUAUGCCAUCAGCACGUCACAGAAGGUACAUGAAGACAUACGAAUCCUGCUUCUCUGCCAAUGAAUCUAUUGACUGGCUCCAUCAAUAUCUUCGUGCAAAUCCUAACUUUGGCUCAGAUGUCACAAGAUUUCAGACCCUGCAAUUAUUUCGAAAACUACACAGAGCUCGUGUGAUUGAAGAUGUCCGAGGUGGAAAACACAACAAGCAUGACCCAACUGACAAUGGCCGACUCUUCAGAUUCACAUUGAUGUCUCCAGUAAAGAAUCGUGUGCCAUUCUCAGAGAGGAAGGACUUGGUGAAUACCGAUUGCCAUCGGGAAACAAAUCCUGUUAAGCCAGUAGAAUGCCGCGGGACAUUUCCACCAUCUUAUGUUCCUGCUCUGCCCAAAGAGCAAGGAAUUUCAUGUCCUUCAAAGCCUCCACUACCCAAUCUGAAACAUGCUGAAGAAAAGCCAGUAUCACAUCCUAAUCAGCCUGUACCUUAUUGCCAGCUAGUGGCCAAACAGCUCUCAGCAUCUGACAUACACGAUACCUGGAAACACAUGACUUUAGAUAGGCUACAGUCAGUUCUAAACCUGGACAAUUUAUCAGAAAUUUUAGACAGUAGUUUUGUUUUGGGGAAGAAUAUUAUGCAUAACUGUACCUACCUCAACAAAAGCGGAAUAGUGACCAACAUCGACCCUAAAGAUCAAUUACCACACUGGGCAAUGUCUGCGAUGAGGUGUCUGGCACGCUGGCCAGAAAGAACAGACGAAAACUUACCAACAUACCAAGGAUUCGAACGUGAUGUGUAUCGUGUGGUGAAAGACUACUUCUGUGGGAUGUCAGAGCCCUUGAUGACAUACGAGAUGUAUGAAGUAGUUACCAAUGUGUUUGUUACAGCAGAAGGAACAUGCUAUGAACAAUGCUCUGAGGAUGAAGAUGACACCAAUCCGGAGUGUCUCACCUCCUUUGAAUCAGUAGAAAAUUUAAUGCUUGAUCUAACAAAUGUUGGAGAACCUGGGAAAUGCUACAACAGAUCCACACCAGAGGCUCAUGUUCACAUGUCCCGUCUGGUCAGCCGCUCAACGUUAGACCUGUCUCCUAUACAGGCUGUACAGGACAGUUUUCAGAGUGGUCGGCUUCGACGCUGCGAAUCAACAGCAAACAUUCCAGUAGCAAAGUAUGAGACUGCCUUUGGUCCAGAGAACAGAACCAUUACCCGUGUUUACUACAAAGAUGGCGUGUCCACUGACUUUGGUUACAGUAAUGGUCCAGAUGAGCUAUCUAAGACUCCUCUAGAAACUCACUUUGAAAUGUCAGACAGUUUCAACAAUUUACUACCAAUGGCAGAAAAGUGUCAAAGUACUUACAACAUAAACUUUGCUCAAGUAAAAUCUACAAGAGCUCGACGGAAAUCAAGCUGUGAACUUAUAUCUAAAAGUAGAGAGAAUACCAGUGACCGACGUAAAAGUUUUGCCUGUUCCAUAGAGAGUCCUGUCAGUAAUGAUUCUGGUAGGUGCCAGUCAUUAAGUUCUGGAAAUAUGUCAGCAAAUGAGCUGAGUAACUAUAGUGACAGAUAUGAGCCUAAAGUAAGGAAAGGUAAUGUGCCAACACGGUCUCCACCUCACUACAGCUCACUCUUCCCUAACGGACAUCAACCAGUGCUAGAUGGUGCUACAAAAUUACUACGCAAGUGUCAUCGGUCAAAGUCAAACAUCUCUUUGCAUAGGAUCAAGUCCUCCUCAUCCAUGAACUCCUCUUGUAAUGACCCAGACAAUUUGCCGUCAGAGGCUGCUUACCCGGAGCAAUUCCAUCCACAUAGAGCUCAGAGUAAAGAGUCACUGAUUGGUCGCAGUCUCAGUCUGUCUGACCUCAUGCAUGCAGAGAUUCACAAAGGACAGAAAAGCCUUAAGAGGACUCGUUCUUCUACAGGUUCCUUGAGUGCUGAUAUCAAAGAGAGGAAGAAGCUUGCCCUACAAACUGUUUGUCUGUUACUACCGCCAGCCAACAGACGGAAACUACAGCUUCUUAUAAAACUCAUGUCCAAGAUGGUAGAAAACCCAAAACUCCAACUAGAUGACAAUAAAUCUACACGGGCACUGCUGAUGGAGACAUUUUAUCGCUCAGUGUUGUGUAGUCAGGAUGAAGCUGACAUGGAAGAUCUUCUGGUAAUGAAGAUCAUUUCCUUCUUAGUUGAUAACUGUGCAGAAAUCAUGGCUGUCCCUGCUGGUUUGAAAGACGCAGUGGAGCAAAGGCUGGCAAUAGACUCAAAAAACAAGUUUCAGAAAACCUACCCAGACAUCUAUGCUCACAGAUUUCCUAAUGGAGAAAGUGAAAUGGACAUCUUCCCUCAGAAGCCGAAGAUAAAGCAGCCAUUGUUGAUUGCUGGUACUCAUAUUGGUAUAUAUGAAGGGUACUACAAACAGGCAGAUCCAAAUGGAACAGGAAGUAUUGGAGCAUUGGAUGCAGCAUCUUUCCUGAAAAAAUCGGGUCUUAAAGAUACAGUCCUAUCACAGAUAUGGGACUUGUCAGACCCAACUGGAAAAGGUUAUUUGGAGAAAGUUGGUUUCUUUUCGGCUAUCAAGUUUGUAUCCAUGGCCCAAAAUAACUCCGAAUUAAAUACUUCCAACCUCACUGCUGACAUUCCUGCCCCAAAUCUGGGGCCAGUGGAGGAGGUGAUGUCUGAGUCUCCAUCCCACAGUGCUGCAGGAACAGGGCAGUGGGCACUUAGUGCAAGUGAGAAGACCAAAUAUGAUCAGGUGUUUGACAGCCUACAGCCAGUCAACAGUUUACUUUCAGGAGAGAAAGUUAGACCUGUGUUGAUGAAUUCCAAGCUGCCGGUGGACAUUCUAGGACGUAUCUGGGAUAUGAGUGAUAUAGAUAAGGAUGGCUAUCUAGAUCGCGAGGAGUUCGCUGUGGCCAUGCACCUUGUUUAUCGAUGUUUAGAAAAAGAACCUUUACCUGCAACAUUACCCCCUCUUGUUAUACCACCCUCUAAGAGGAAGGGAGGUGUGGUCACUGCAGGUAUUCCAGCCAGUGUUCCAGGUGCUGUCCCAGGGGGUAUACAAGCAGGUAUGGUGAUGGGCGGGGUACCUGUCCUUACACCAAAUGUCACUGGUCGGUCUACACCAACCCAGCGAUCAGACUCGCCAAGUUUGACUGUUCCAUGGGUUGUUACUGCUGCAGAGAAGACAAAUUACGACGUCAUGUUUAAAAAGGCUGAUGUAGACAUGGAUGGUCUGGUAUCUGGCCAAGAAAUUCGUGAAGUCUUUCUCCAAAGUGGAGUUCAAAACAACAUUUUAGCUCAUAUCUGGGGGCUGUGUGAUACAAAAGGAGCUGGUAAGUUGAACCAAGAACAGUUUGCACUGGCCAUGUAUCUUAUACAGAAGAAGUUGAAGGGAAUAGACCCUCCUGCUCAACUUAGUCCUGAAAUGGUCCCACCUUCCAUGAGGCCCAAGCAAGGAGCUGAUCCAACUGCCUUUGGAGUCACGGACGGCACAAAUGCUGGACCUUAUGGACAUGUAGCAGACUUCUCGGCCAUCAAGGAACUGGAUGUUAUCAGCAAAGAUAUAGAUGACAUGAAAAGGGAGAAACUACAAAUAGAGAGAGACAAUGCCCAGAAGGAAGCUGAUAUUAAGAUUUGUAAUGGAGAAGUUCAGAUGUUACAGAAAGAGUUAGACGCUAUCACUGCCACAUUACAGCAGCUAGAGAGUCAGAAAAAGGAGGCUCAGAAACGGCUGGAUGAGUUGGACGAUAAGAAAUCUAAUUUGGAAAGCAAUAUGAAAGAGAUGAGGGAAAAGUUGGAAGAAGAGGAAAAACAGGUGAACAGCCUGAAAUCUCAAAUAACAACACAAGAAAAGUCGGCAAUGAAUCAAGAAGAAGAUCUUUCUAAGCUGCGUGUAGAUCUUAACAACCUCAGAGAGGAAGAAACAAGACUGGAGCAACAAGUUGAUGCUGGAAAACUCCAGUUGGAUUUACUGGUCAAGUCUAAAAAAGAUCUAACUCUACAAGUCAAUCAGACACGAACAAGAGUUCAACAUCAGGAGGACCAAAAGAGGUUGAUGAAGCAGAGUCUAGGAAACUAUGGUUCACAAAUAAAUGGUGAUCUGACGACAGCCUUGUCAGGGAUACAGAUGGAUGACCAGAUGAGUUCAAGGGCAACAGUUGGUAGUCCUGCUAGUUCUAUUGGAAGUUUUAGUACUGGUUCAGCUAUGGAGGACUUUAAGGAUGACCCAUUUAAAUCCAAGGAUCCUUUUGGUGGAGGCAGUGGAAGUGAAAGUACCCAGCCUGAUCCAUUCCAGUCCGAAGAUCCAUUUAAAGGCAACGAUCCAUUUAAGUCAGAUGGUUUUAGCUCUGAUCCCUUUGCAUCAGAUGAUCCUUUCAAGAAUGCAUUUAGUGGAUCCUCAGCCCCAACAUCUAGUGCCAAAGAUGACCCCUUUUCUAGCAUGGAUCCAUUUGGUUCAGCCUUUUCUUCAACCUCUAGUCCUUCCAGUAAAUUUACUACAGACAAUUUAGAUCCUUUUGGGGGUGGUGGAGGAAGUUCUUCAGCCAAACCAUCAUCUUCUAAAAUAGGAAAUGUAUUUGGUAGUGAUCCAUUUGCUCCAAAUCCAACAGGAGGGCGAACACAAUCGCCAUCACCGGCACUUCCUCCCAAACAGAAAAAACAACCACCCCCUAGACCAGCCCCACCUAAGGGGCGUUCACCUUGUCCCAGCCCAAGUAAACCCCCAGCAAACAGUUUAGGAGGCUUUAGUAGUGACCCUUUUGCAGGAUCUGAUCCUUUUGCCAGUUCCACGACAACUUCUGGGGAUGAUCCCUUUGCCAACUUUGCUGAUUUUAGUCCCAGUAAGUUUGAGGAUGACAAGGCAGCGUGGGGUUAAUUCUGACUUGUGUGCGCUUACUUCACUAGCACACUGCCUUCCAACAGGACUCUCUCUCAAGUGUUCGUUAUCUAACCAGUGUAGGCAACACAGCUGUCCCUUUUUACAUACUCUCUGGAUUUCAUUAGACGAGGAAGCACAACUAUGGAGAGCGAGAGAGGAGGUUGCAGUUUGAAUUUUGCAAAGUGCUAUUUUAAAUAUUUAAUUUUACAGACAACAAAUGUUGGGAGAGGAAGAAAACUUAAUUAGAUCAUCAAAGUGUCAUCAAAAUUUAAAUAACAUUAUAUUGAUUUAUAACAUACUUCUCACAAAAGAAAAUUUGCUAACAUGCUAUAUGGCUUAUAACUUCCAACUACAUGGCACAGAAGUGUUAAGAAUAUUCAUUACAUAACGAUACACCAUGUUACACUGAUUGUAUUAUGAUUACAAUUUGUUAUUUCAAUAUUAGGUCUGGAACAGAGAAUAUGUCAACAUGUAUGGAAAUAAUUACAAAUGCAUAUAACUUGACUGUGAAAGUUUGUAAUCAAAGAAGUCGUUCAAUACAGACUAUAUAAGAAGUAUCCAUGGAUAAGUUAUGUCAUACAUACAGUGGAUGUCAUAUCAUAGAAAACAGAAAGUGUAAAUCAACAAUUUUAGUAGCCAAACUUCUUUUUUUUUGUGAAUUCUACAUGUUUGCAAUGGGGUUCAAAUAGUAUGGUAUUUUUGUUUCAUUUCUCAUUUAAUUUAAUCAAAUAUUUUUUGUCCAAAUUUUUUACAUAGAUCUAUUCAUGAUGCAAGCAUUGAUUGAUGAGCUAAUUGGUUGUAAACCUUGGUUUGUAGGACCAACACAUGAAAGCUAGAUAUGUAACAGUUAUAAGGAGAUCUGAUUGAUAAGAAAAGUACAUUUAUGAUACAAACACUGUACAAAAACCUUUGUCUAUUGGAAGACUGUUUUAAAUCGUAAUUUGUAAAGGAGAAUAUCAUAUCUGUAUAUGUAAAAUAGUUUUCAUACUACAUUUAUAUUGUAAUUCUACUUUGAAAGUACAACCUAUCAUACAAAGUUUACUCAGUUUCAGCCUUGACAUAUACAUACAGAGUCCAUAGUGUCUCUGAUUUUCCUCAGUGGAAUUACACAUCAGCGUCAAGUGCAAAAGGGUCAAAGGCGAUUAUAUAAAAUGUCAAAAGUUUUCUAAUGUAAAAUUUUUAGUCUUCCUGAUUUAUCUCCCCCCUAUACAAAACAUUUGUGAUAGAAUGUGUUACUUGUUGUACAGUGUAUAGAAUAUAUGUAAUUGUUGAUGCCACUUUACUAAUGUUAAGGCGGUCUAUGUACAGAGCUGUCUACGAACAGUGUCUAAGACCCACAUCUUGAGAUGUCCUUGUUGAAUUUGAUUUAAGAAGUGUAGUUAUGUAACGUACAAAUAAUGGGAACCUGAAAUACCAUUUAUAACAAAAACUGAUACAGAUAUAAAGCUAAAUUUCAUAAAAAUCUUUUACAAAAUUAUUUUUUAAAUGUUGAUAUUGUGAUUUUAAUUCAACAUUAUCCAUCAUUUUCAAAUUCAAAAUAAAAAGCAAUUUACAGAUACAAAUACACAAUGCUAUAAGUGCAAAAAAGUGUAAAAUUGAAGUGAAUAGUUUCUGAGUUUACCCUAGAGUCUGGCGGGCUCACUGAUUAUAUUGUGUUUUGACUCGUAGCAGGACCUAUUUGUGGACACCAGCUGGGCCACAGACUCGCAAAGCUGGCUGUCAGAUAAAACUGUACCGUCAUUGAACCAACCGUCAAACAAUAACUCUACAACAGGGGAUUCUCAAAAUUGGGUUUUGGAGCUUCCUAGCUGGUCUACAGACAGUGACUCUUCCCAACAGACUUCCCCACGACUUAAAGCUGUGUUACAGACCUCCAAGACAGUUCUCCCUCUCAACAAGGGGCGUCGGUCCUCCUCCUCUUCAAGUACAAAGGUUUCUCCCAGGACACGUCUUACAGAGUCUGUAGAUGAAUCUGAUGCUUAACAAGAACCAGUUGGUAAGAAAUUGUUGACGUGAAAGGAUGAACUGUGCAAUAAUCUAUUUGUAGUACUGGAACAUUAUACUGGUUAGGAUAAAUAGACAGAUAUUGUGUCAAACUGGUUAGGAUGAAUGGAAAAAUAAGUGUGGAUCAACCUGGUUAGGUUAAGUGGACAAUUAGCGAGUGUUUCAAAUUGGGUUGGAUAAGUUGAUAAAUGUAGUUUACUACAGUGUCAACUUUGUUAAGUUUAUUGGAUAGUGAAUAAGUGAGUCAUACUAUAUGUAUAAAUGGUUAGUUAAAUUUUUAACUUGUUAGGAUGAAAGCAUAAUUAAUUGAUGUCAACCUGAUUAGGAUAAGUUGAUAGUUUACUCUCGUGUUAACAUGGUCAUAAUGACUAGACAGUUAAAUGUAUGUCAACUUAAUUUGGGUUUUCUUAUAGUUAAUUGAAUUAAUUUCACUGGUCUCUUAGUUUCUGUAGAAUACCUGACAUACCCAGUGUCUGUUUGUCCCUCAUUCUUUACAAAAUUUCAUAAGAUAUUCCGGUUUGACAUACUUUUGCAAACAAAAUUGAUUUGGCAGGAUUUGUUCAGUUUAACUCAAUCAUCAGUAAAAUAUGGAAUUUAAACUCUAAAGUUUGCAAAAGCUCUUUUUGAAUUGUAUUAAUACCUUUCUGGUACAACAGUUUAAGUUUUUUCUUAUAUGUCUUUUAAUUAAUCAGUUUUAGUAACUGAAUGAUAAAGCCAUUUGUUCAAUCUUUAGUGUGUCUGUGUAAAUUCACUAUAUAAUUGCGUUCCAGAGCUACUGUAUGAAAUGCUCAUGUUAUCUAUUUUCAGGAAAGAAACAUUCUGUAAUUUUAUUAUUAUUUAUAUAUGUAGUGAAGGAAUUCCCUGAAUUUCUAGUCAUGGUGUAAGUAGCUAUUUCUACACAGAAUCUGUAAGUGAAUGGUGAAUCAGAUUUAUAAGAUUGUAGAUGGGUGUUUGGUUACAUACAUUUCAUUGCUACUAUGGAGUCUUGGUGAUGUCUCUUAUUAGCGUUAUACUCACUAUUCAGUGCUUAGUAUUCAACAUGCCAUUCUAUUACAAGCCUGCAUUGUCUUUUAUAAUUCGGUCCCGCCCACCAAUUUUCAUAUGCUGCCUCCUGAACUGCCUAUGAGGGUAGUCAUUCUAUCCUUAAAGGAAAGUAAUUUGAGUUGAGUUCAAAGACAAUUCAGUUCCUGUUUUUCUUUUUCUGAGAUUUAGUCAAUUUUGACUAAAAAAAUUCCUACUCAAAGAAAAAAAGGAGUAUUUAUGAAGAAUAAAAUCCCAUAAUUUAACCUCUAUAUUAGAUACUUACAGUAGUUACAUAUCCACUUGUAGACUAAUUGGAAUCACAAUGGCUAUAGAGCCAGUCAUAUGCUAUAACAUAUGAAAUAUUCAGGAUAUCACAAAUCAGAGAAUUCCGUUUAUGACUAAAAUAUUGUCACUCAGGUUAUGUAAUCUCUUCGAUUUCUAAAACAGGUUAUUUAACCUCUUCACUCUCAAACACAAUCACAUUGUUUUCAAUUUUUUUACAAUGCAUGUGUUUAUUAUAUUGCAUAAAUGUUUCACUUGUGUGUUCCAAGUUUUCUAGAAAUAUAAACUUAUUUGUCACCUGGUAGUUUGGUUAAGGUGACCGUGUUAUAGGUAGCUUCAUCGCUCAGUUCAGACUUACAAUUCCUACAUAAUUCCUAGAGACCAAUAACCUCCUCAAUAACAUACAUUUUUGUGUACACAUGUGUACAAACUUCAUAUUCAGUCUUAGUUAUAUGAAGGUUAAUGCAGAGAAAAUAUCCCUAUUUAUCCUGCAACUGGCGCUGACAUUAUCCUAAUACACCCGCUACAUACAUUAUUGCUAUUUAUGGCAGUGACGGAAAACAGCUGUGCGUUAAUUCAAUAGGAUUACUUUCUGAAAUUACUCAAAAAUUACGUCAAACAAUGAAAAUAAAUGUUGAAAUAAGCAAUUUUUUAUGUUGUAAUAAACAAGGUUAUUUACCACAAUUCGUAACAUCAGUCAUAUUCCUUGAAGUUUGGAACUAUAUUACUAUGCAGAGCAAUCAUUUUGGCAAAAGUCAGGCAAAAUUUAGUGUAAUGUCAACAUCAGGUAAACAAAGAUUGAAGUUUUGACUGUCUGAUUUUAAGUCUAUGUUGCAGGAUUAAUAGAAUACAUCGUCAGUGUCUUAAAAUAUAAGCUACAUUUAGACUCGGGACAGAAUGACAAAAUACAGUGUAUAUUUUAAGACACUGACCAUGUAUUCUCUAUAUUGCCAUUCUUAAAGAAUGUUAUGUAAUAGCAAUGCUGGUCAAUUCUGUUUGUUUAUUUGAAUACCAAACUGAUCAUUAUUGCCAAAUAUUUUCACUUUGUGCAUGCAGAAAUAAUGAGAUUUCUUUUUAUAAUUAUGUGUAUAUAUUGUGUACGUUUGUAUAGCAGUGUGUCUGAUGUUAGAAGUGGAUGUGUUAUCAUACACUGUGCCGUAUAUUUGUUUUGUUUUUUACUGUACAGAAAAAUAUGUUGUAGAUAUAACCUGUGAUAAGAUAUACACUGUUAUUCCUAUUGUUGUAGCAUUACUUGGCUGUAUAUAUACUUAGCACUCUAUGUAUGGUGUGCAGUGAGUCAGUAAAUGUUGUAUAUAUGAUAUCUGAAGUAAUUUUAGCUUCUGUGUUACAUCUGUGAUUGUGUGCUCUGGAGCACAUCCUGUCAUAGAAAUUACUGAACUGAAACAAUAAUCAUUGGCUGCAGGGUGAUGCAAAAAAUUCAUGUCAAAAAUACCCCUUUUAGAAGGAAUAUGAAAUCUUUCUUAGCUCAUUGACUUAUAAACAUUUUAUUUGAUUCCUUUAUAUAUUGUAUUACUUAAUGCACAAAAUGGCGUGAAAUCUGAAACCUUUUGUACAAAGUUUUGAUGACUUUAUUUAAGUUAUCUCUGGUGUCCUACUUCUAUGGACUAGAUUGUGAUUUACCUGUGCUGAUUCAUGAAGAAUUCAAGUUAUACAAAGUAAUAGAUUUUGAAUGUUUCACUUGGAAAUAAUUUUUUAUCAAAAUUCAAAAUAUUCUAAUAUUUCUUCUUCAACAAUAUGAAUAAUUUUGUUUUCUAUUUUUCAUGACUGAUUAGUAACAAUUAUUCUUCAAUGUCUUCUAUGGUAAAACAGCCCAAAUCACAGCAUUGUAUUGUUAUUUUUUUCUUAUCAACUAUUUAUGAAAUCAUAUGUAGCCAUUGAUGUAGUGUAUUUGCAUUCUGAAUCCCUUACAAAUGACUUUCAUUACCAGUACCACCAUAUCUUGCGUCCCUAAACCACAUAAAGCCAAUGAAAUGUUAAUCGUUUGAAUAAGACAAGCUACUAUACAUGUUCUGUAACUCAAAAAAUUCCUGAUGAAAUAAAGGAUGUGUUUUGAAUAUAGAACAGGUGGAAUGAGUCGUUAUAAGAUGCAUGACGAUGACAAUUUCACAUUUAUGAUGUCAAAAUGACGAUUAUGGAAUGUUUUGAGAAGAUUAAUGAACGUAUAUGGCUAACCACAUGUAUGUACAGUGAAUGGAAUGCUGUGGUAGAUUACCAUAAAAAGAUAAAAAUGCCCAUGCAGACCAAAUGUGUCCUGACAGUUAUGAUAGUAAUAUGUGUGUACAAGUCAUUAUCAAAUCAUUACAUAGUUAUCAUCACCUACCAUCCAUUAAAUGGUUACAAAGUGA